AUGCUGAAACGAAGCCCGCUUUCAACACUAAUAAAAGGAAUUAGUAGUCUUUCCAUGAGAAGCCCGAUUCCAAUUUGGCAUGUAUCUGCUUCUCCGGUCAUUACUCCCAAGUACAAUAUACCUACAGUUCCGACAACUUCGCAUGUUUCUCACAGGCAGAUUGCUCGCGCCAACUUUUUCGCUGGGUACAGACCUUUAGCUCCUAGCGACGUUUCAAAACCCGAAUCAGUGCCUGAUACAAAUCUUUUCUCUAUAAAACAGGUGGGCAACGAUUCCCAAAAGUCUGACGAGUAUGUUUUGUCAAUGGAAAAUGGCGUACUCCACGCCCAAGCUCUCUCUCCAACAGGUAAAGUUACAGAAUCUCUUCCUGUCCGUAUAUCCUCUCAAGUAUGGGAGCAACUCUGCGAUACUAUAAUAUCCACUACUCCUAUAAGCUUGACGAGCGUGAAACGGAAAAGGAAGCUGAAGAUGAACAAGCAUAAGUACAAAAAGCGUAUGAGAAAACAACGAGCCUUGCGUAAACGCUUGGGUAAAUAA